GGAAGUGUCUACAACGCGAACGUAUUUCGUGUUAUUUAUACGUUUUGAACAUGUCAAAUGAAGUCCGAUAUUGCGACAGGUGCUCGUACCUCUUUCUCAAGUUCUCGUUAAUCGUAUAUGCAACAAUUUUCUGGCUCAUAGGGGGCUUUAUUUUGGCCAUUGGCAUUUACGCGGAGGUGGAGAGGCAACAGUACAAAACUCUGGAUGGAGUAUUCCUGGCUCCUGCCAUUAUCCUCAUUGUGCUCGGUGUGAUCAUGUUCAUCGUCUCCUUCAUCGGCGUUCUGGCAUCUCUCAGAGACAACUUGUGCCUUCUCAAAGUGUUUCUUUACAUGCUGGCUCUCUGUCUCAUUUUGGAGCUUGUCAGUGGGAUUGUUGCUUUGAUCUUUAGGAGACAGACAGAGGACCUUCUCAACAAAAACAUCCGCAAAGGCAUGGUUAAUUACUAUGAUGACCUUGAUUUCAAAAACAUCUUAUUUUUCCAGUUCAAAUGUUGUGGGGGAACCGACUUCUCAGACUGGCAGGUGAACAUGUAUCAUAACUGCUCUGCUCCUGGUCCUCUAGCGUGUGCGGUGCCUUACACCUGUUGUCCGAGCAAGCCUUCUGAAGUUGUUAAUACUUUGUGUGGAUACAAGGCCCUGAGGAAAGAGAGGAUAGAAAAUAUAGAUUUGAUCUACACCCGUGGUUGCACUAAUGCCGUCUUCAUUUGGUUCAUGGACAACUAUAAAAUCAUGGCUGGACUACUUCUGGGCAUCUUAGUUCCUCAGUUUUUUGGUGUGAUCUUUACCUGGCUUUAUAUCACCCGUGUGGAAGAUGCCAUCGAGGAGUAUGGACACUAUAUGGAUGGUCUGCUGGACGGCGGAACCCAGGAGACCAAGUACCAAAGCAAGUGGGCCAAAUGCUGCAAAUGCAUGCCUUUAAUUGACUGAGUGCAAACUCAUAAAAAAAAUGAUUUCUACAGGUACUAUCAUGUGCUGUGGGUGAAAUGAACUGUUUGUAGCUCUGCAAAACUCAACCGUGCUGUUACUUCUGUAAUAUCAGCCACAGACACACUGAUGCAAGCAAUUUUUGUACUGUCAAUAUCGUUUUAACAGUUACUCCCAGGAUUCAUUAUUUCAUCUGUCAGCUGAAAAUGGGUAGUUUUUUGUGUCAAAAUUUAAUGAUACUACCUUCUGUCUCAGAACUAAAUCAGAUCUGAAGCAGUGCACUAAAGAGUCAGAAUGCCUUUAGAUUUAACACAGCUUAGUUGUGUUUAACAGGGACACUGUUUUGAAAAUUGGCACCCUGUCAGUCUUAGGUAAUACAAGUCAAGGUUUCUUUUUUUCCAGUGCAAACAGUGCUCCUCACUUAAGUGAACUUCUACCAUUAAAGUCUACGAAAACAGCAGCUACAUUGAUCAUAAUAAGAGUGCUGUUUCCUUUGUACAUUGUCUAAAAUGAGUAAUAGUAUAAAUCCUGCAUUUCCACAUUUAAAAGCUGUGUAAAUCCAAUCCUUUAGUUCACCAUAUUUGCUGUAAACCUUUUUUUUUAUUUUAUAAUUGUUUUACUUCAGAUUGAGUCUUUACCUGAAAUGGGUUGUUCCUCUUAAUUUUAA